UGGGCUUCUGAGCAUGAGGAUUCAUCAUCAGUUGGUGGAUACAUCUGCAUGGUGGGAGGUGGGCCUGUAAGUUGGAGGUCCAAGAAGCAGUCUGAAACGGCACUAUCUUCAGUGGAAUCUGAGUACAUGGCAAUGUUUCAUGCGGCAAAAGAAAUCAUUUGGCUAAGGAGGCUCUUGAAGGAGAUCGGCCAUGAACAGACUUGUGCGACACCUCUAUGUGCUUGGUUUGUGCAUGACAUCGAGCACAUUCCAACGAGCCAAGAAUUGUUGGAAUCGGAGCACAUAUGAAGAAGUUAUGAAGAAAUGUUUGAUGGAUUUGUUACAACUCAUUGGAAGUCCUUGUGAGCUGCUACACCAAAGUUGGAGAGCCCUAUAACGAGGAGGGACCAGCAUGUGUGGGACUUUUGUCCCCACCUUGCAGCUGCAGCAUUUGGGGUUUGGAGGCCAACCUGUAGGAGGAGAGGGUGCGGUUGAGAAACUCACCACCGCCGUCGGAAUGGAGGCGGUGGAUGGGGCGACCAAAGUGGACUCGGCACUGCUCGGCCCAGGUAACGAUGACAGCAGGGGCCUCGGCCUUCGUGUGGAGGAGGAACACCGAGGAAUACCUGCUGUGGUCGUCGACGAGGACAAGCAUGUACCGGUGCCCUUGGCGGGAAGGGGAAGGGUUAGGGCCCCAGAGGUCCAUGUGGACGAGGUCAAGGGGGGCAGCAGCAAAGGAAGGAUGACUGAGGUGAGGCUGUUGUUUGAGCUUUCCAUGAAUGAUCGGUGACUUAAGAGCGUUGCCUCGCGAAAAUCAGAUGGGAAUGGCUUACUCAACCACUUCACUCGCCAACCCGAUCCCGCUCCUUCGUCUCGAGCCAGACGGUACAUGCUCCAACUACAAGGCUUGGCGCUAUGGUGUCGACAAGCACCUCCUCAGUCGCAAGGUGAAGGGGCUCGAGCUCACCGCCGUUCUUCUCAACAUUGGUGACGGCAAAGAGCCUCCUAAACCCAAGAGGUCUGGCAAUCCAGCUAAUGGCGCCGCCAAAGCAGUUUAUACUGCUGCACUGCUCAAGUACAUGAAUUGAGAGAAGGCCGAUGGUGCGGUGAUUAGUGUUUUCAUGGGCACCACUCCUCCCGAACUCGUCGAAACGUACCACAACUACCCGUCUGCCAACGCCAUUUGGCUCCACCUCGAAGACCGCUUCCUCAACAAGACUGCAGUGGGAGUUGCUAUACUCAUCCCCAGCAUGUUCCAAGUGCGGCUCGAGAACUCGCCAGGCAUGGCGGACUAUGUUACCAAGGUGCAGUCCAUUCAUGGUGAACUCAAGCAGUUGGGGAUAGUCUUCCCCGAGCAAGCCCCUGCAGCCGCUCUCCUAGUCGGCCUCACUCCGGCAUACGAAGUCACACGCAAGAUGCUCUUGGGCCUUGCUCCUGCGGACCUCACAUUUGCCAAGGUCUCAUCUGCGCUCCUUUCUGCCGAAAAUGACAACAGCGCUCAAGCCAAGGCCAAUGCAAUCUGCGCUUCCGUGCCUCAAGCCUGGUCUGGGUUUUGGGACCAAGCUUGCCACCUUGCUUCCUGCGUGUGUGUGGGCUGAGCAACACAUACGCAGUACACCCGAGACGCGUAGAGAGCGGGCGGAGGGCGUGGCCCCAAGCCAGAGAGUGGUAGGUCUGGUGUCGGGCCGGUGGGGAUGCGGAUAAUGAUUGUAGAGGAGUGCCGCAUGGAAGAGGGCAUAUCCGCAGAGUGACCGUGGUGCGUUGGCGUGACUGAGGAGGCAGCGAGCAAUUUGAACCAAGGUGUGGUUGCGGCUCUCUGCAAUGCCGUUCUGCUGCGGGCUUUCGGGGAGCGUGAAGGUUUGCCGAAUCGGUUGGGCCGCGCAGCAGUUAUCGAGUUUGCCAUUGCGAAAUUCUCCCCCGCCAUCAGAAUGGAGGCACUUCAGAGGAGUGCCGAACGUGACUUGAGCCUGGCGCACCCAUGCCAUGAUGACGUCAGGUGCCAUGCAUAAACCAUCAAGGUAUGCAAUGCAUCAACUAGGCACCCCAUGCAUCAACCAAGCAUUCCAUGCAUCAACUAGGCAUGCCAUGCAUCAUCCAACGGAGCAUAAAAUGCAUCAACCAACCUGGCAUGCCAUGCAUCAACCAACCAGGCAUGCCUUGCGUCCAUUAAGCAUGCCAUGCAUCAACCAGGCCUGUCGUACAUCAACCAGGCAUGCCAUGACAUCGAGCACAUUCCAACGAGCCAAGAAUUGUUGGAAUCGGAGCACAUAUGAAGAAGUUCCGAUGAAAUGUUUGAUGGAUUUGUUACAACUCAUUGGAAGUCCUUGGCAGUUGCUACACCAAAGUUGGAGAGCCCUAUAACGAGGAGGGACCAGCAUGUGUGGGACUUUUGUCCUCACCUUGCAGCUGCAGCAUUUGGGGGUUGGAGGCCAACCUGGCACAGUGUGAAUUUUGUCUUGCCAGUCUGGUUGAAUUUGAAGAUGGGGAGUCAAGAAUUUGACUCUUGACAUGUUCUUGACCAUGGGCCUGCAGGGUCCUUCCCUUUCAUCCUUCCCUUCCAUCCCCACCUUCCAACUGUGCUUCAAUGCCUUUUCUAUCAUGCCUUUGAACUUGAUGUCAAAACUCUUCCGUCUUUCCUCCCCUCUCAUCUUCAGCUCUCCUCCUCCUCCUCCUCCUCUGUCGCUGACCCCAUAAC